CACGGCUGUCGCCUACUCAGGACCCCCAUCGCCUCACCCUCCGCAAGUUCAAGCGUCUGGACGGGGAUGUACCGACAUGAGAGGAUGCGACCAACAUAAGCCCGAGGGGAUACGUGUGUAGCCAGCAGACCAUAAUGGCUGGCCCUUUCAGCAAUGACCCAAAUGCCCCCUCCUCAUCCUCGUCUCGCUCCUCGAACCCGCCCCCGAACCCGCCCCCGAACCCGAAUCAUAGAAGCAUGCGCCCGCCAAACCCCGACGACCGAGACGAGCUAGACGAUAUUCUCAUAGACGGAGACGAUGGAGACUUUGAUUCGAAUUUCAAUACUCGGAGGGAGGCCGAAGCAGACAUAUUCGCCCAGGACCCCAUCCGGGGGAGCCUAGACGGACCUCUUUCCUUCAAACGGAGACAGAAACAGGGUCUCUUCUCCGCGCCCGCCCGUUUCCUCUCGGCCCUCGCCGGUCGCCCGUCCAAUAUCUCGCCUCAGUCAACCCCUCAAUCGAUGACUCCGAGACACAGCUUCGGACUCGACGCCCACGCGCCUCCGAGUUCAGGGCCUACCACGGGCACCCCACACAACCUCAAUCAAGGGCCUAAAGACGGAGGACCGUUGGAUUGGUACGUCGAAGGGCCCGGCCGUCGCGUCGGCUACGAAGAUUUGACGGCCAUCGACUGGAUAUUCGAAUACACAAAGGAGCGCCAGAGGCUGCGCGUGCUGCGCUCCAGCGGGCGCGGCUUGCUGGGCAUAGCGCAGCAGUUCGCCGAUGCCAGCCAGGUAUGGGUCAUUCUGAUCCUCACGGGCCUCGCCGUCGGGGCUGCGUCGGCAGGUAUCAACGUUACGGCGGAUUGGCUGGGGGAUUUGAAGCUGGGGUACUGCGCCAGCGGGCCCGAAGGCGGAGCCUUCUACCUGAGCAGGUCGUUCUGCUGCUAUGGCUACGACGAGCUCUCCAACUGCAAGGGUUGGACACCUUGGGCGAAGGCGCUGCGAGUGACCUCGGCCAGUGGGCAGUGGUUUCUCGAGUAUUUCUUCUACCUCUUCUUUGCGGUCUUCUGGGCGUCCGUGGCGGCUUUUCUGGUCCAGGAAUAUGGCAUCUAUGCGAGACAUAGCGGUAUACCCGAGAUCAAGACGGUACUCGGCGGCUUUGUUAUACGUCGAUUCCUCGGCGCAUGGACGCUCCUCACCAAGUCUCUGGGUUUGUGCCUUGCCGUGGCCUCGGGCAUGUGGCUAGGCAAGGAAGGCCCCUUGGUUCAUGUGGCCUGCUGCUGCGCCAACCUAUUUAUCAAACUGUUUCCCGCCAUCAAAGGCAAUGAAGCUCGGAAGCGAGAAGUUCUGUCCGCUGCAGCGGCAUCUGGCAUCUCCGUCGCCUUCGGCUCUCCCAUCGGAGGCGUCCUGUUUUCACUCGAGCAAAUAUCGUACUACUUUCCAGACAAGACUAUGUGGCAAAGCUUCGUAUGCGCCAUGACAGCAGCCGUCAUGCUCCAGGCCGUCGAUCCUCUGCGAUCCGGACAGCUUGUCCUUUACCAGACUAAAUUCAGUACAGAAUGGACAGAUUUCGAGAUUGUCCCUUAUGCUAUACUCGGGAUAAUAGGGGGUGUCUAUGGCGGGCUAUUCAUCAAGGCCAACAUGGCUGUUGCUCGCUGGAAGAAGAACACUUCCUGGCUUCCAGGCCCUAUCGUCCAGGUCGUGGCUGUUGCCCUCCUGACCGCCCUUACCAACUAUCCCAACUUCUACAUGAAACUUCAGUCCUCAGAUCUCGUUUCCAAUCUUUUCAUCGAGUGUGAUCAGGUCAGGGAAGACCCCAUGGGUCUUUGUAAGACAGGGGCCGCCUCCGGUACCACGAUUGUGCUCCUCCUUUUCGCUGCUAUCCUGGGUUUCUACCUGGCGGCCGUCACCUUCGGCUUGCAGCUCCCAGCAGGAAUCAUCCUCCCUUCCAUGGCCAUCGGCGCCUUGACGGGCCGCGCCGUCGGCAUUCUAAUGGAGAUUUGGGUUGCCAGCUUCCCAACUUUUGUUCCGUUCCUGUCUUGCGAGCCAGACAUUCCCUGCGUCAACCCAGCCACGUACGCCGUCGUCGGUGCGGCCGCCACCCUGGCCGGCGUCACUCGCAUGACCGUCUCCAUCGUGGUCAUCAUGUUCGAGCUAACCGGCGCCCUGACGUACGUCCUCCCUAUGAUGGUGGCCGUCAUGAUCUCCAAAUGGGUCGGCGACGCCUUCUCGCGCCGCGGCAUCUACGACGCCUGGAUCCAUUUCAACGAGUACCCCUUCCUCGACAACUCCGACGCCGAAACUGCCACCAUCCCGGACAUCCCCGCCUCGCAGAUUAUGACCCGCAUCGAGGACCUCAUUGUUCUCACUGCCACGGGCCAUACCAUCGCCUCCCUGACCUCCAUCCUCGAAACCCACCCCCACCGGGGUUUUCCCGUCAUUUCCGACCCCCGCGACGCCGUCCUCCUCGGCUACAUCUCCCGCGCCGAGCUGUCCUACAACCUCCGUUCCUCGACCCAACCCCCGCGCUCCCUCCCGCCCGAGACGGAAGCCUUCUUCUCCCACCAACCCCUCGCCGACCCCCGCACCACCCUCGACCUCCGCCCCUGGAUGGACCAGACACCCAUCACCCUCCCCUCCCGCGCGAGCCUCCACCUCGUCGUCUCCUACUUCCAGAAACUCGGUCUCCGCUACGUGCUCUUCGCCGACCGCGGCGCCCUCCAGGGCCUCCUCACCAAGAAGGACGUCUGGUACGUGCUCAACGGAGCCGAAGAGACGAGGGGUACCGCUGGCACGGGUAUCGGCAUUGCCGGUGCGCACGGCGGCAGUGGCGGCGUCGGACCGGGUGUAUCGGGGGACGCUGCGGCGCAUGGUGAUGACGAGAUGCUGUUGGCGGGUCAUGACCACGAAGAGGGUGUUAGCCAGGCUGUUGACAGAGGGCCGAUGUUAUGAUUGUCGGGGGUACUCGUUGUUUUUUUUGUGCAGAUAUAUAGAAGUCCAUUAGAGAUGAUUUUUUUCAGUCUUUUCUUUUCGACAUGAGUACUGUCCCGCACACGCGAAGAAAGGGCUGUCCAGUUCGAUGCCAUCCAUGCUUUUUAUUUCAAAGUAACGCGCCCUCUAUCCCUAAACAAUCACGAGGCAAAGGGAAACACAUUUCAAGUCCCAUUGUACGCCCGUUGGCCCGUUGAACUCCCGUCACCAGAAGAAGACAAGUGCAUAAAUAAAUACACUGACGGAAAGGCUGCGAAAGAGCACCGACCGGCCUGCUUUUGCCACUUAUAUAACUCGGGAACCCGACCUCCCCUCCCCGCGGUUGAUGAUUUCUAACCAGUUACUCAG